AUGCGCUUUGGGAAGACACUGCGGUUGGCCGUGUACGCGCCAUGGAAGGACAAGUACAUCGACUACGCGAAGCUCAAGUCGCUUCUGCGGGAAGACAAGUACGAUGACGAAGAUGUUGCGUGGACAGAGGACGAUGAGAACCGCUUCUGCGACGAGAUUUUCAACGGUCAACUCGAGAAGGUCGCCGCGUUUCAGGAGCAGACCUUCAAGGCUCUGAAAGACCGAGUCGAAGCCGCGUUUGAGAAGCUCAAGGAAUUGGCACCGCCGACUAGUGAGGAGGAUGAAGGGGCGGACAACGACCAGGUCAAGAAGCCCGACGCUGCGACGGCGCAGAAGCUGAAGGACAUUGAGACGGAGCUCGACAAGAUCACGACCGAAAUCUCGGAGCUGAAGAAGUACAGCAACAUCAACUACACUGGUUUCCUCAAGAUCGUCAAGAAACAUGACCGCAAGAGGGGCGAUAGAUACAAGGUGCGACCGAUGAUGCAGCUGAGCCUGGCGAAACGGCCCUUCAACUCGGAGCAAGGCUACUCGCCCUUGCUCAACAAGUUGUCCAUCAUGUACUAUGCUAUUCGGCAGCAGCUGGACGACGGCGCCGGCGAUGCGCAGCCACUGGAUCUUGAGAGCCAAGGAGAGACGCGGCACGGCGAGCGGUACACCGCCCACAAGUUCUGGGUCCACCCGGAUAACCUACUGGAGGUCAAGACGUAUAUUAUGAGACGUCUUCCGGCCCUUGUCUACAGCGAGCAGUCCGCUAAGGAGCUGGAUGGAAGCAAUGACCCGACCAUCACGUCGCUUUAUUUUGAUAACUCAAAGUUCGAUUUGUACGGGAAGAAGGUGGAGCGCAAGGCGGAAGCGUCCUCGCUCCGCGUACGUUGGUAUGGCCAGUUGAGUGCGAAGCCUGAGUUGUUCCUCGAACAGAAGAUUGUUGGAGAACAAGGAUCCAGCGAGGAGCGAAAGUUUCCCAUUAAGGACAAGUAUAUCAAGCCCUUCAUCGACGGCACCUACAAGAUGGAGAAGACGGUGGAGAAGAUGGAGCGUCAGGGCCAGCAGGCGGAGGUGGUUGAGAAUUUCAAGAGCACCGUCGAGUCUCUUCAGGGUUUCAUGCAAGAGAACAAGCUACAGCCCGUCUUGCGCGCAAACUAUGUUCGUACCGCUUUCCAGAAGCCCGCGGACGACCGCGUGCGUAUCUCCAUCGACACAGAGGUAGCCUUCAUCCGGGAGGACACGCUGGACAGAGAUAGGCCGUGCCGCGACCCAGCAGAAUGGCACCGUCUCGAUAUUGACGGUCGAAACCUGACGUACCCGUUCAAGGAUAUCAACCAGAGCGAGGUCUCCCGUUUCCCCUACGCCAUUCUGGAGAUCAAGCUGAAAGAGGACCCCAACCGUAAGCGCCCUGCGUGGAUCACGGACCUAAUGGCAUCCCACCUGGUGCACCCCACGCCUCGCUUCUCCAAGUUCGUCCACGGCAUUGCCUCCUUGUUUGAGGACUUUGUCAACAACCUGCCCUUCUGGUUGAGCGAUCUGGAGGCGGACAUCCGCAAGGACCCGCAGGUGGCUUUCGAGGCCGAGGAGCAGCGCAAGGCGCAGAGAGCCGAGGACGAGCAGGCCGUCGGCAGCUUUUUGGGCAAUAAGGUGAGCUCGUAUAAGAUAUCCAAGAGUUCGCCGGCCGGCCAGUCGUACCUCGCCAACAGAAUGGCCGCCGAGAGCUCGCGCUCCCAGUCGAGACCCGUCAACGACGAGUCACAGCAGUCGUCGAGCCGCCAGAACGGCGAGGGCUCCAACGGCCAGCAGAGGAGCUACGGCACGCUCUCGUCCGUGCUCCCCGGCUUCUCUCUGUCCAAGUACUCGCAGGCGCGGAGGGCGCAAAAGAACCAGCAGCAGCUGCCCGAGGGCGUCGUGGAGCCGACCGAGUGGAUCAAGAACUCGGGCGAGCUCAAGAUUGAGCCCAAGGUGUGGCUGGCCAACGAGCGCACGUUCCUCAAGUGGCAGCACAUCUGCAUCCUGCUCGGCGCGCUCGCAGUGUCGCUCUACACGGCCGCCGGGGAGAAUUUCCUGGCCGAGGUUAUGGGCAUCGUGUACAUCUGCAUCGCCGUGUUUGCGGGUAUCUGGGGCUACGGUAUGAUGAGGCUGCGGAGGAAGAUGAUUAUCGGUCGCAGCGGCAAGGAUUUCGAUAACCUUGUCGGGCCGUUGAUUAUCAGCAUCGCGUUGAUGGCUGCGCUGGUGAUCAAUUUUGUGCUUGCUUACCGCUCCGCUAUCGAGAGGAUGGAGGCAGCCAAGGGGGUCCUCAACGGCGGUAAUGCCACUGGAGAGCCCAUCCGACAAGAGCUUAUCUAA